AUGGCAACCAGCGAGCUGUCAACAUGGGACGGCUGGUGUUCACAGUUAAAGAUUGUCCUUCUUGGAGGCAGAAACUCUGGAAAGACCUCUGUGGGGAACUUACUCCUGGGCAAAGAGGAGUUUGUCACCAGAGAGAGGACGUCGUGCUCCCGCAGGCUGGGCGUGGUGGCGGGCCGGUGGCUCACGGUGGUCGACACUCCCGGCUGGUGGUGCGACUUUAGCGCUCAGGACACAUCUCAGCUGGUGAAGAGGGAGAUCGUCAGCAGCGUCUCUCUGUGCUCACCAGGCCCACACGUCUUCCUCAUCACCAUCAAGGCCAGCUCCGGCUUUUCUGAGAAGCGUCGCAGGGCGGUGGAGGAGCAUGUGGCGCUGCUGGGCGAGAGGGCGUGGAGUCACUGCGUGGUCGUCUUUGUCGCCGGCGACACGUCUGAACACACGGCGGCCGAGCAGCUUGUGCAGAGAGGGGGGCGGGCCCUCCGCUGGCUCAGCGACAAGUGCAGUCAGAGGUGUCACAGCAUUAUCUCUGGCGACAAUGGUGAAGUCUCUGAGCUGCUGGAGGAGAUACAGAAACUUGUAGCAGGAAAUGGAAACAGAGUUUUUGAGAUGCAGGGAGACGCUUUACAAGUGGCUGAAGAUGAGAAGAGGAGAGUGGAGGAGAGGGCUCAACAGAGGUUUGUGAGGAUGAAGAAACACAGAGCUCUCAUGAGAGAGAGGUUGCGGCCCGUUACUGAUAUCCGGAUUGUGCUGUUGGGAGCCAGGGGUUCUGGGAAAACUUCUGUUCUGAACACAAUUUUAAGCAUCAAGAGCAGCCAGUCAGGGAGGACGGCCCAGUGCCAGGUGGGGAGAGGGGUGGUGUUUGGGAGACAGGUGACGGUGGUGGACACGCCGGGCUGGUGGAUGAACUACUUCAGUGACGAGACUCCCGUCUUCGACCAGAGGGAGCUGGUGCUCAGUUUGUCCCUCUGUCCUCCGGGACCAAACGUCUUCCUGCUGGUGAUCCGUGUGGACAGAGCCUUCACUGAAACCUACCGGAGGGCGGUGCAGGAGCACCUCCAGCUGAUCAGCGAGCACAUCUGGAGCCGCGUCAUCGUGCUGUUCAGUUUCGGGGACUGGCUCGGAGGCACCACCACGGAGCAGUGCAUCGAGAGCGAGGGGGAGUCUCUGCAGUGGCUCGUCGAAAGAUGCAAUGACCGGUAUCACGUCCUGAACAAUAAAACCAAAGGGGACGGGUUUCAAGUCAGAGAGCUGAUUGGAAAGAUUGAGGAAAUGUUGGCCGGCUGCAACGCUGCCCUGUAUUAUGAGACAGAGAGGGAAGUGGUGGAACAGCUGGAGGGAAAGAUUAGAAAAGAGAUGGAGGGAGCCAAGGAGAGACUGAUGAGGAAGCAGAAACAAAGGCAGAUGGCGAGGUCCCAGCUGGAGAAGCUCCAGCCGCUCCCAGAAGUGAGACUAGUGCUUGUUGGUGGCAGGAAAACAGGCAAGAGCUCAUGUGGGGACACAAUCCUGAACAGAGAGAGCUUCCACACAGAAACCAGAACCUCCUCCUGCUCUGAAAAACAGGGCAAAAUCAGCGGCAGGACGGUGGCAGUGCUGGACACGCCGGGCAGCUUCUCCGUGACCUCUGACCUCCUGGUGGCAUCAUGUGCCAUCCUCCUGGUGGUCAAUGUGAGCUCCUCGUUCAAACAUGCCCACAUGGAGGCCUUGGAGAAACAGCUGGAGGGCGGAGGAAGCCAGACGUGGAGCAGAGCCGUGGUCCUGUUCAGCUUCGGUGACUGGCUGGGCGACACGAGCGUCGAGCAGCGCAUCGAGAGCGAAGGCGAGCCACUGCGGAGGCUCUUGGAGAAGUGUGGGAACAGAUAUCACGUCCUGGACAAUAAACACAGCGACAACGCAGCUCAAGUUAACGAGCUCAUCGAACUGAUAGAUGAGAUGCUGGUUGGAGAAAGGCUGGAGAUUCUUCACAGAGGAGAUCACAUGUGGAAAAGUGUUUCCUUCCGACAUGUGACGCUGUGUGGAAAUGAUUUGAAGAAGCUCACAAGCUGCAGACAUCAGCUGUCCCAGGACUUGUCUGAAUCAGCUGAUCCCACUGCUCAGGCAUCACAGAGCUGCUCAGGAGGAGCAGAUAAUGAUGCACAGAUUGUGGCGCUCCCAGCAAGAAGAAGAGGAGGGCAGGUUGGACUCCUGGACAGAGACAGACUCAUGUCCUGUUUGGCCACCAUGCUCUCUAGUAAAGAAGGGUGGAAUAUAAAUGUGCCCGCCUGGUUCCCUGCUGAUGAUCUUCAGCUGGACAUGGGAUGCCGUCUCUUCUCAUCCAGACAUCCCACAAUGCUUCUGGUUUUACCUCAAACACAACGCAGGAUGCUUGUGGAGGAUAACGGCGUGCAUUCCCUCUGCCAUCCAGCACUGAGAGAGAGGACGCUCUGGAGGCUCGCUGAGUCCGGAGGCCUGCAGACGCUGAUUGACCAAUGGGGCGACAGCAGCUUGGAGGAGCUGGAGACGUUCAUUGACUCGUACUUUGAGGCGAUUUGGGAGCAAACAAUGGGGUCGCUUCAGGACCCCGAGUGUCCCACCGCAGAGCAGACCGUCGCUGCCGAGGAGGUGGUGCAGCAGCAGCAGGAGGAAGAAGUGCUUUCAUCCAUCGACAGGAAACUGUCAAAACUGGAGCUCCUGGAGGAGAUCAGGACGGAUGUGGCCCAGCUGAGGACCAGUCUGGAGAACAGCUGGAAGGUCAUUCAGGAACUCAGAGAGAAAAGUAAACAGGAUGAUAAUAACACAUGUUGA